CAAGUCACAAAAAAUCCCAAUUAAGAUUAACAUUUGCCAUUUAACAGUUACAUCUGUUCUCUCUAUGUAAACAAACUGCGUCUGCACUCUGAUACGAUAAUAUAUGCAAAGAUUAAAUUUAACGAAAACAAAUAAAUUCUCAAUGUAUUAAUUGUGCUUUUUUGAAAAAUAAAACAUCGAAAUGAUUCGAGUUAUUUAUAUUGCCUUUGUGUUUACUUUUCAUAUGAAAACAUGCGUAAGUAGAGACCAUCGGUAUAAUCCAAGCAAUGACUUUUUACUCCACGAAGCUGGUUCUAUCCCAUCGAAUGACAAAAAUAGUUACGAUUUGAAUUUUCCAAGCUUAUCACCGUCAAAACCUAGUCAAACCACUCUGACCUCAAAUAUUAACAAUCCUCCUGCUACAAAACCGCAAUCAUCUGGAAAACGUGACUAUGUUGCACCCCAACGUCCAUCCACUAUUUCAACAUCAACCUCUAAACCUGCGACAAAUUCGUUUACAAACUCUGGAUCUUCUUCACACACUCCUAAAAGAGAUUAUGUUGCUGAAUUCCCUACCUUAAAGCCUGUCGGAACCACAUCAAAACAUUCAGUUACGACUCCUCUUCCUUCUACUCCACCCAAAAGAGAUUAUGUAGCGCCAAAUCUACCAUCAUCUAAUAACAAAAACAUUCAUCCAACGACAGGAAAAGUAAAAGAUCUUGUCAACUUUUACGAUAAUAAGUCUCCGAGUGGUCCAUCACAAAAGCCAAGCUACAGUUCGAUUUUAAAUGGACCUGGGAACCAAUCACCAACACUGUCUACAGCUUACACUCCAAAACCAAUGACUUUUAGUUCAGUUGUAUCAGGCUCAAAUAAACCCACUCCCACAAAUAAAGUUACGACACCCGCCACCGCUGCUGGUAGACCUAGUGUUGCAAAUAACAAUGUACCUACAAAACGACCGGGAAGCACUGUUUUACCUAGUUCCAUAACUAGUAAUCAAGGCCAAGGCACAAAUUCAGGUAAUCCAAGUGAUGUGGAAUUACAAACUAUAAGUGAAGAAUUGCUUCGAAAAGACAUAAAUAAUGCAGCUAAAUAUGUAACGAUUAAUUAUCAAGAAAAAACAACAUCGUAUGCAAAGGAUGAUAAGGCUCCUCUACCAUUACUCACUAUUGCACCCGAGGUAUGGAAUAUUACGACAAUUCAAAAAUUCAUACCUCUAUUAGAUAACUAUGAAAGAGAUACUUUAGUCAACGAAUAUGUGACGUCACAGGAAAGAAAUGAAGAGAACGCAUUCAUGGACGCAAUUAUGGCUACAAGUGUAUUUCGUCAUUUACUGAAUUUCCUAAAAGAUAAAGGAUAUGUCACCCCGGAUCCCAAACAACAAAGAGAUUUUAUAAAACAAAUGUGGUUCGGAUUAUAUUCUAGGGGUAAAGGAAAAAUAAGCAGUUCAGGCUUCGAGCAUGUAUUUGUGUCUGAGCUUAAAAACAAUGAAGUUUCAGGGUUGCACAAUUGGAUAUAUUUUUCAAAAGAAGAAUUAGCGAACCGAAUCAAUUAUUUCGGAUACUUGAAAUAUGUAGAACUUAAUGGCAAAGGUGUUGUUCUCAAAAUGCAUUUCAACCAGCAAGGUGUCGACAAACCAGUAGAUUCUUUGUUCAUAGGUACAUCGCCUGAAUUAGAAAUGGCACUUUAUACCUUAUGUUAUGUUACGCGUUCUGAUAAAGACUGUAAGCUAAAACUUGGAACAAAAGAUGUUGAAAUGGUUACACAUAACUUUAGAUACCGCAGCAAAAACUACAUCGGCAGUGCAUAUCCACAGAUAUGAUAUCGAGAUUUAUAAAAUAUGAUAAUAUAAUCAAUAUAAGUAAAUAAUACUA